UACAUUCUAGUUAUAGAAUUAUUCAAUGAUACUGAACCUAUUAAUGCUACAACUUACAAAGUGUCAAAUGAAUUAUUAAAUAUAUUAAAUGAUUUAAACAAUACAAUAAAUAAAGAUUAUCAAAGUGGUAUAGGUCAUAGGCUAAUAUUUGACACAAAUUUUCCAGAUAAAGCAGAUAUGAGAAAAUGGUCUUUGAUUAUGGAAUUAUUUGACAAUACUGAUGCUAACGAAGCAGUAAAUAAAGAGUCAAACGAAUUAUUAAAUGUAUUAAAUGAUGCAAUAACUGAAAUCAUCAAGAUGUUUAGUGAUGAUAUGAUAGAGUUUAUAGAGUUUUGUAUACACCAUGAUGUAACUAGUGCACAAAGUAUUGGACAUCUUUUAAGAGAAAAAUUUUCUGGGAGGGAGAUUUAUCAAAAGAGUCUUUAUAAUUUUAUUCAAAUAGCAAAAAAAAAAUCAGUAAUAUGGGUUGAAUCUGAUGUCUCAGAUCUUAUAAGGCAUUUGUAUUCACAUCAAACUGAGGAUUCAUAUUGGUUUGUAGAGGCCAAAUUUAAGAAAAAUGAACGUCGAUUAUGUGGAUUAGUGUGGUUGUUAUUUGAACAACAAAAUUUAUAA